CCCCUCCAUCUCUGUCCUCCUCGGGCUCCUCUAUCCUCCCUGUCCUCCUCAGGCUCCACCCUGCCCGUGGCAGGAUGGGGGACAACACCAGCCCCAUCAGCGUGAUUCUGGUGAGCUCGGGCAGCAGGGGCAAUAAGCUACUGUUCAGGUACCCCUUCCAGAGAAGCCAGGAGCACCCGGCAUCCCUGACAAAUAAGCCACGUAGCAGAUAUGCUGUUAACAACACGGGAGAGCAUGCUGAUGACCAGGAUGGCGACUCUAGAUUUUCAGAUGCUAUUCUAGCAACAAUUCUGGCAACCAAGUCUGAGAUGUGUGGCCAAAAAUUUGAACUGAAGAUUGAUAAUGUGCGGUUUGUUGGACACCCGACAUUGCUGCAGCAUGCUUUGGGGCAGGUCUCCAAAACAGAUCCUUCCCCGAAGAGGGAAGCACCUACCAUGAUUCUUUUUAAUGUGGUAUUUGCAUUGAGGGCCAAUGCGGACCCGUCAGUGAUAAACUGUCUGCAUAACCUGUCCCGACGCAUUGCCACUGUGCUGCAGCAUGAGGAGCGCCGCUGCCAGUACCUCACUCGGGAGGCCAAGUUGAUCCUGGCACUCCAGGACGAGGUGUCUGCCAUGACUGAUGGAAAUGAAGGUCCUCAGUCCCCAUUCCAUCACAUCCUGCCCAAGUGCAAGCUAGCCAGGGACCUCAAGGAAGCUUAUGACAGCCUGUGCACGUCUGGUGUGGUGCGUCUCCAUAUCAACAGCUGGCUGGAGGUGAGCUUUUGCCUGCCUCACAAGAUCCACUAUGCAGCUUCGAGCCUGAUCCCCCCUGAGGCCAUCGAGCAGAGCCUGAAAGCCAUCCGCCCAUACCAUGCCCUGCUGCUGCUCAGUGACGAGAAGUCCUUGCUGGGUGAGCUCCCCAUCGACUGCUCUCCUGCCCUGGUGCGGGUGAUCAAGACCACGUCUGCUGUGAAGAACCUGCAGCAGCUAGCCCAGGAUGCGGACCUGGCCUUGCUGCAGGUCUUCCAACUUGCGGCUCACCUGGUGUACUGGGGCAAGGCCAUCAUCAUCUACCCGCUGUGUGAGAACAAUGUCUACAUGCUGUCUCCUAAUGCCAGUGUGUGUCUGUGAGUCCUGCUGGCUGUCAGAGC